GGUAUUGGAAGAGUUUCACGGUUAGACUUGCUGGACAAAUUUUCUUUAAAUGGCACUGGUUGUAAUCUGUGGUCAACCAUGCAGUGGAAAGUCAACAGCUGCACGGUGCCUAGUGGACGCUCUUAAUGCCCUGGAAUCAAAACCUACAGUCAAGAUUAUUGAUGAAUCUUCCUUUCAUCUUAAUCGAAAUGAAAGCUAUGCUAAUAUGACAGCAGAGAAGAACCUACGGGGAGUUCUCAGGUCCGAAGUUGACAGAUCCUUGUUGAAAGACAAUAUUGUUGUUGUAGACUCUUUGAACAGCAUCAAGGGUUACAGAUACGAGUUAUGGUGUCUGGCUCGUGCUGCAGGAAUCAGAUAUUGUGUGUUAUUUUGUGAUGCAGAAGACAAUCACUGUAGGGAAUGGAACAAGGAGCGUCGGGAGAGUGGGGAUGGCUCUUAUGAGGACAAAAUAUUUGAAGAUUUAGUAAGGAGAUUUGAGAAACCAGAUCGACGCAAUCGAUGGGAUUCUCCGCUUUUUGAAUUAUGGCCAUCCAAAGAUGGAAUAGAGCAGUCUUCUACUGCUAUUCUGGAUACUGUGGCAUAUGUGACAAAAAAAGUGGACUCCAAAACAAGAGAUAUUAAGGUCCUCCAACCCACCAUUGCUACUCAAAGUGCACGGUUGUCUCAGACAAAUUCACUCUAUGAGACCGACCGUGCAACACAGGAAGUGAUCAAUGUAAUUAUGGAAGCGCAAUCACAGGCACUUGGAGGACCUGUAAAUGGGAUCUCUCUUGGAACAGAAUUUCCAACCAUCAACAUUCAAAGAUCUGUUGGACUCCCAGAGCUCCGAAGCCUGCGACGAACAUUUGUAAAAUUGACAGGGCAAACCAGCUUGAGUGGACCACCACCGCCAUCGGACGUUAACAGUGCCAAAAGGAUGUUUGUUGAUUACUUGAACAGGGAACUAGGAACUGCUUGAAAGGAACCUAAUUGCUCAUAAAGAGAGGAUACUCAUCACUGUUUGGAAAGCUCGCAAGCAAGGAUCGCUCAGCUCAUACUAUGCCUGCCUUAGACACCCAUCGGAUUUAGAAGCUGCGUGUUCAAGGUUUCCUAAACUUUACUAAGAUCAAAAUAUUGUAUUUUAAUGCGGUGCAUAAAAUUAUCAGUUUUAAUUGUGGGUCUCUUUUGUUUGAGGUUUUGCU